GGAAAUUACCACAAAUUGGACAAUUUAUUUCACUUCAAGAACUUUAUAUUGAAAAUUUAAUGUUUAAUAAUAAUUUUAAUGGAUUAAGAAGAUUUUCAUUUGAUUGUGGAAGAGAAGGAUUUGAUGCUAAUAAAUUAUUAUGUCAAAUGGCUGAGAAUAUACCAGAAUCACUUGAAACUAUUAAAAUUAGAAUGGUUUAUAGAGAUCCAUGGAUAUUUAGUGCUAGUAGUUUAAGAAAAUUUUUUGAAGGGUGGUGUUGUAAAGGAGGAGGAAAUGAAAAACUUAGGAGAUUACGUAUAAAACGUUCAUUAACCCCGAAAAAUUUUUCAUCACCACCAUUAAAAUUUACAGCAAUAAAUAGCGAACAUUUUAAAGUUAUUAAAGAAUACGGAAUUCAAUUUGAUAUGAAAUAA